UUCAUAAAAGUUUUCGAUAAGAAAGCAGGCAAAAUAAUACAAACACAAAUCAGAAUUAAUGCUAAUAAAUAAUUGCUAAUUAAAAGAAUAUAAUCCCCCGCGUGAGUCAAUGCAAUAAAAUUUAAACACUUUAUUUUACAUUUCACUUAUUUGUCCGACAUAAGCCAGAUAAGAUUUUUGAAUGGCCAAGCAAACAAAUCGUAUAUGGGGUGAUAUAGAAACUACUAAUCUAUAGGGAAACAUCUUGAAAUUGCUUAGCACAACAAGUACUGCAUUGUAAUAUCUUUAUCAGUCUGCCGACUGAUUAAUGUGAAUUUUCUCAAGUGUCGCAAAACAAUUGUGGAUUUUUCGAUUCUUUCAAUUUAGCUGCAGCCUAGUUUCAGUUCGAUUUGGUCGUCCAACGGUGUUGGAAGCUCUUCAAAAAUGUUGCAAUCGGGCAAAUUUGUUAUACUACUUGCUAUUUUCCUGGCUUCUCGGGAAAUUUCAGGAGAAAUUUCUAGGGAGAUGCGAAAUUCAGCUGAAUCGCCCAAAUGUUACAGCUGUGAAGGCAUAAAUUGCUCGAGAACCACUCGUCAAAACUCCACCGUUAGCUGUUCUGAUAAACUGGACGUUUGCGUUACGAUUUAUGAGGAUUUUGCUGUUAGUGAGCGCGGUUGCUUUUCCCAAAUCUCUUUGGCUGGUCAAGCCAAAUGUGCGGCCAAGGACGAUCAAUGUCAAAAGUGCAGUGGACAGCUGUGCAAUAAUGUGGGACGCAGGGAUUUCAAAUGCAUUCAAUGCGUGGGUUCUGAUUCAGCUGACUGCAACAAGGGUGCCACCGCCUCCUUGGCCGCCACCCAAUGUGGCCUCCCCACCUCCGCCAAUUCCUACUGCUAUGUCAAGGUCGUCGGCGAUCAGAAGGACAGCCUCCAGAGAGGAUGUGCUCUUUCUGUUAAGGAGCAGAAGGCCUGCCUGGAGGAUUCAAAAUGCUCGCUCUGCCUGCCGGAAAACUCCAGCGAUUCCGUGGCCUGCAACAACUUCGAUUUGGAAUUGGGACCAAAAUCCUCAGCCGACCGGAGUAAAAAACUCAUGAGCUUCGGCUUGGCUUUCUUUGCCCUGCUCUCGCUUAAAUUGCUGAAUUAAAUUUUUAAAUAAAUAUAUGAAAAUAAAGCGAAUAAUCACUUGUUUACUGAA